GCGCGGUCCUUGUCCUCCGCCCCGCCAGCAGCCAGCCCCAGGGGGUCUCCGGCGGGAGCGCCGCCGGGGGGAGGAGAGCCAAGGGAGACGCCCCAGGGGAAAUGCCGGGGUGGGCUGGCCGGUCCGCCGGCCUCUCGGUGGGGCAGUGGGUGAAUCGUGACACGGUCGCCCCCCGGGGUUGGUUUUCCUUCCUCCAGACUCCCCCGGGUGACUAGAGCAAACAGACCGCGUUGUUAGCUGUCGCCCUGCCUUUCGGCCUGAUCCUUAACUCCCCUCCUCGGGGCCCGCUUCUGCCCUCAGAGACAGGGGCCGGGGGCAACUCCUGGAGGUGACCAUGUGGCUCUCGCCCUCUUCCCCAAGGGGGUCUUUUACCCCCCUCAGGAACUUGGUGGCAGCAUCAUUCUGGCUGUGCGCUUCGGCACAGGAUGGUAAAGAAUAAGGUGCAUGUCUCGCCGUCUACAGAGCAGCCCUCUUCUGGCUCCGGGACAAUGCAAUAAUCCAUACCCUCUUUUGCCAGCGUUCAGCAGGACUGCAAUGGGAUGUAUAAAUCUUUCUAAAUGGACUCCCUUCCGGUAGAGCAGCGUCUCCACUAGCCUCCUGGUACCAGACUCAUGCCAAUGUGAGAGAGAGCUGCUGAAAAAAAGUUAUUUCCCUUCUGAAGAGGUAAAUGGAAGAUCUGGAGACUAACUUAUUCCAAGCACGCAAAGCCUGUAGAAUAGAACAAAUGGUAGCAAGAUGGCUCCGUCGAUCUCGGGAUAGCAUAUCCAGGGGCAGAUCUUCAGUAGUGGACGUCCCAUCUGACGGCCUUAAUCAGCCAGUAACGCGGGUGAAGCUCACAGUCACCGUACACAAGGAUUUGCUUCUCGGUCACUAUGGCUUUGAGAUUUCACCAAACCCGCCUCUUGCUAUCACAUCAGUUGCUGCAGGAAGCACAGCCGACGGGAAGCUGCUGCCCGGCGAUCAUAUCCUCACGAUAAACAACAAAGCUGUGGAGGACAUUUCUAUUGAGCAGGCAGCUGACCUGUUGAGGGAACCCGAAGACUCGCUUCUCCUUACUGUUCUGCGAUGCACUUCGGGUGGCCCUAAAUCGUCAUUUCUUACGGCCGAGAAAAGGGCGCGGCUGAAAACCAACCCCGUCAAAGUGCGGUUUGCCGAGGAGGUGCUGGUGAACGGACACACUCAGGGGAAUGCUCUUCUGUGCGUGCCGAAUGUUCUCAAGGUAUACUUGGAAAAUGGACAGACGAAGGCUUUCAAAUUUGACACCACCACGACAGUGAAGGACAUAAUCCUCACCUUGAAAGAGAAGCUCUCCAUCCAGAGCAUUGAGCACUUCGCCCUGGCCUUGGAAGAACAAUACAACAUUUCUAAGCUCUACCUGCUGCAUGAGGACGAGCUCAUUGAGCAGGUGGUCCAAAGGAAAGAUUCCCAUGAUUACCGGUGUCUCUUCAGAAUCUGCUUUAUCCCAAAGGAUCCGUUGGACCUCCUACAAGAAGAUCCAGUUACCUUUGAAUACCUUUAUUUGCAGAGCUGCAGCGAUGUGCUCCAGGAGCGAUUUGCUGUCGAAAUGAAGUGCAGCGUGGCCCUGCGCCUGGCCGCGCUGCAUAUACAAGAGCGGAUCUAUGCUUGCGCCCAGCCGCAGAAAGUGUCUUUCAAAUAUAUAGAGAAGGACUGGGGAAUAGAAAACUUUAUAUCUCCAACUUUACUCCGAAACAUGAAAGGCAAAGACAUCAAGAAAGCCAUCAGCUUUCACAUGAAGAGGAACCAAAUCUUACUGGACCCAAGACAAAAGCACGUCCUCUCGGCCACACAGGUGCGUCUGAGCUACCUGCAGAUACUUGGAGACCUGAAAAUGUACAGCGGGAAAAUCUUUAAUGCCACCCUAAUGCUACAGGACAGGGAAUCGUAUGUCGCCUUGCUGGUCGGAGCGAAGUAUGGGAUCAGCCAGAUUAUCAAUAACAAGCUCAACAUCAUAACACCCCUGGCGGAGUUUGCUAACAUCAGCAGGCUAGAGCUUACCGAAGAGUCUGAGAAAGUGAGCAUGGUAAAGAUCUACCUUCAGGAUGUGAAGUUGCUGACGCUGAUGCUAGAAUCAAACAGUGCCAAAGAUCUUGCCUGCCUCGUUGCCGGUUACUACAGGCUGUGUGUAGACUCUGGCGUCUCCAUAUUCAUCUGGGGUGAGACUAAGCAGCAGGCCCACCGCAUCUCCACGGAAGAAGGGUACGAGUCGAGAGCCUGCAGCGACUCCGAAGACUCUUGGGAACUGGAUUCCUCUGUGGAGCGCUUUUUGGACCCCCCCUGGCUGAACCCCGGCAACGUCCAACCUCUGCGUGAGGAGGAGGCAGGGCACGAGGAGCUGCCUGAGCUGGAGCCAGAGAGCAGAAACCCUGGAGGGAGGAGCGACGGGACGGACAGUGCGUCCGAAGCCUCUGACUUGGCCAAUACCGAGAGCAGAGACUGCAAGACCAGUGGCUCGAGUGACUCAAUGGACGCUCUGGAGGAGGAUGACUUGGAGGCCUGCUCCUCCAGCAGGCCAGAGUUCCUCCAGUUUUUCACACCCACUAUUCAGGAACUCAGCUGCCAAGACAAGAGCGUCUUCGCUCUGGCCAGCAAGGAGGGGAGCGGUGGGGCAGAGUCUGAAGAUUUCCUUUGUUUCUUGCAGUUCUCCCAAGGAAGCCACCCUGGGGCUGAGCAGACAAGCCUCAAGCAAAGAGGGGAGAAUGAGGCGGAUGCUUCGGCUCUCAAGACCAAGCUGUCGGAGGAGAACGUGAUGGAGUAUUACAGUCUCUGCUCCAGCAUAUCCCCAGCCAGCAAUGGAGAGAGAAGCGUCCUCAAUCAUAGCCCAGGGAACGGCUCUGUGAAGGACCUGCCGGCCGAGUCGGGCCAGCAGGAGGGACUCUACAAGGUCAAUCCAACAGCGGAGGAGAAUGACCUCAUCCUGCACCCGCCUCCGGGCUACGGGGACACCAGCUCCGAGGAUGAAUUCUACGAUGCUGCAGACAGGCUGACCCCAACAGACGUCUUGACAGGCUCUAAGGCACUGUCCCAUGAGGGGAAGGGCGAUUCCUGCUUCCUGAAGAAGUCGAGGUGCUACAACCUUGGGGAAAGCUGCAUGUCGAGACAAGCUACCAGGGAGAAGCACAGAAAGGAGAAGGAGCUGAAGCAUGCGAAGAGCCUGAGAAAGAGGAGAUCUUUCCUACAGACGGAUUACACGUCGCAGGUUACCUUCCCGGUGGCUCCAUCCCCCUCCCUGGAGAGCACUGAUCCUGCAUGCUGCUAUGAACAGGAGCCCCAGCUGCCCUCCAUCUCUCUCACUCACAUGACAUCCUCCUUGGACAACACUACCGGGGAACCCGCGCUGCUGGAAGCCAGGACCUUUGCCCAGCUAGAGCCUCAGAGCGAAGCCAAGAGUAAAAACCCUUCAUCUAGCUUCAUGGAAACGGAGCCUGACGCCACAGAAACCAACUCAGUAACCGCCUCAGUCAUCCCUUCCAUUUCAGCCAGUCAGCUCCAGGGUGACCAGGAAGGGAAAGAAAAUUCGGACCUAACCCCAUUGCCCAGCUGUGCGGAGAACAGCCUGGGGCCUCUUGAUUCUGCAUGCACGCGUGACAGUGGCUGUGUAAGUCCUUCUGAAAUAUCUUCCCAUUUGGGAGACAUCAGAGACCCAGAACAAGCAGGAGGCGCCUGGAACAGCCCCGGUGGCUGUGGUCGCCCGUUUUCUGAAACCGAGGAUGGAUGUAUAACCUGCACGGUGCAUGGACAAGAGCAGCCAAUGCCACAGAGUGCCGCGGAGGCUCUGGAAGGCCGCUGUGAACUCAAUACGGCUGCACAUCAGGGCAAAGGAGGGAUCCCUGCUUGUGCUGAGCCCAGGCCUUCUCCAUUGGGGUGCUACAGAGGCCAGCUGUUGCCCCAGGCUGCAGCUUCAGACCUGGAUUCUCCGUCUACUGCUGAUAAAGGAGAAGCACGUGAACAGCUUGUGCCAUCAUCUCCCUUUGCAAGGGGAACAGCUGAUCCCACUAGCUGGGCAGUGAAGCAAGAUGCUGAAGUGGUAUCUGGAGAGAGAACCAGCAAGAACCUGAAUGGAGAACCCUUAAGAAGAGUGGAAGAUAAAAACCAUUUGGGUUUCUCUAAUGCCACGGAGCUGCUUUCAGGCUUUAACAGAGCAUCGGGAAUAAUCACUCGCCUCUCCUGGCUUUCGUUUGGAACCAGGACAGACCAAGCAAUGCCCUGCCAGCAGGGGGGCGUGGAGGACGCCCCCCCAGCAGAGACUGCCCAAGCUGUUGGCCCAAGUCCCUGGACAGCAGGGCAUUCCAACUCAGGUGCCCUCGGGAAGGAAACGCGUUUUUCCUCCGCUUCUCCAAAAUCGCACCCUCCUCCGCAGCUACUUAGUGGCCAGUGCCCAGAGGAGAGAGAACCCAGAGAAGAUGCACUAAAUGCGGAUGGUCGCCACGAACAGCCCCAGCCCACUCUGACUCCUCUCCUCAUAGAGGAGACCACGGAGCAAAGAAAGGGCUGCCAUAUAAUCACAUCACCGGGGCUACGUUCUCCUUCCCCCAAAGAUACUGGGGGCGCCUCAGCCCCCAGAGAGGGAAACUCCGGUGCAGAUCAGUCGCUGCUUUGUGUGACCCACGAAAAAGAUGCCCCAGUGUCUACGAGCUGUAACACAAUGCGUCCUUUGGGUUUGACCAGUGUUAAGGGGACCCUCUUCCUCAAAGCUGGCAUGGACAAGUGCAGCUGUCACUUGUCUUAUGCCAGCUGCUUCCGCGGGCUAGACAAUGACCUAGAUUAUGAGUGUGUUGAUUCUGCACAUAGCACUUCCUCCAGGCCUUUAACAACCCCACCGGCUGCUGGGAGCUUGUCGUUCCUAGGCCAGCCCCCUCCCAGGACCACGGACGAGAGUAACUGUGUGGCCGCUGAGCCUAGUGGGAGUGAAAACGGCCCAUGGCCAGAAUCUCCCCCAGAAGCGCUGGGUCAGUUGCAAGAGAGAGCAGGGAAGUCACCGGCUGACUUCUCUCAGUUCCUGGCAAAUGUGGCAGAGCUCCAGGCCCUUGUGAGGCAGUUCUUGGGAAACCGAAUGAAACACCCUCGAGACACGUGCGCAGAACAUUACUCUGAACACAAGCACGUGCUCUGCGCCGAGUCCCGCAAGCUGAUGGCCAGCUGCCAGAAGGUCCUACAACCAGACAGGCCUUCUGAAGAGCUGCCAGGUGCAUUGCAGGAGACCUUCCGGGACCUCAUGCGACUGACGGCGCUGUGUUUCCAGUUCACAGCCUGUGGGCUGUGUGGGAGACGUCACAAGGAGCUCACAGUCAAUCUGAAGGACGUGGUUUGCACCUACCAUGAGUUUGUCCACGCUGCUCUCCAGACCGAGGGGAAGGGCGGUCACGAUUUAAGUGCGACGCUGCUCGCACGCCAGGGCACGGCCCUCACGGCAGCAGUGUUCUGUCUAACCCAGCAGUUCAGGGCAGCGUCGGCAGUGUGAAGACGGCCGCUCUGCUAGACAGACUCUCAUACUCGUGUACCACUGACAGGAAAGUACCCAACAAACGUUUACUGUAUAACCCAUUAACCCAAUAAAAUAUCUCCCACAGAAAAGCGACGUGAGUCAUUCAG